UUUUUCACCAGCGCUUAUUUAGGCUUGUGUGAAUACUUGAGUCUGCCCGGCCCCCGGCCCCCCUUGGUAUAUUUAAGGAGCAUCCCUCACACUCACCCUCUGUCCCAGUGGAAAAUCCAGUCUUCCAGUACAGCUUGACCAUCCCAGAAAAAACUAACCAUGUGUGACGACGAUGAGACUACCGCUCUCGUGUGCGACAAUGGCUCUGGUUUGGUCAAGGCUGGGUUUGCCGGUGAUGACGCUCCUCGUGCUGUCUUCCCUUCCAUCGUUGGAAGACCCCGUCACCAGGGUGUGAUGGUGGGUAUGGGUCAGAAGGACAGCUAUGUUGGAGAUGAGGCCCAGAGCAAGAGAGGUAUCCUGACCCUGAAGUACCCCAUUGAGCACGGUAUCAUCACCAACUGGGACGAUAUGGAGAAGAUCUGGCACCACACCUUCUACAAUGAACUGCGUGUGGCCCCUGAGGAGCACCCCACACUGCUCACCGAGGCCCCACUCAACCCCAAGGCCAACAGGGAGAAGAUGACCCAGAUCAUGUUUGAGACCUUCAAUGUCCCAGCCAUGUAUGUGGCCAUUCAGGCUGUGCUGUCCCUGUAUGCCUCUGGCCGUACUACUGGUAUUGUGCUAGACUCUGGAGAUGGUGUGACCCACAAUGUCCCCAUUUAUGAGGGUUAUGCUCUCCCCCAUGCCAUCAUGCGUUUGGAUCUGGCUGGUCGUGACCUGACUGACUACCUGAUGAAGAUCCUGACUGAGCGUGGCUAUUCCUUUGUGACCACUGCUGAACGUGAGAUUGUGCGUGACAUUAAGGAGAAGCUGUGCUAUGUUGCUCUGGACUUUGAGAACGAGAUGGCCACUGCUGCAUCCUCCUCCUCCCUGGAGAAAUCUUACGAGUUGCCCGAUGGCCAGGUCAUAACCAUUGGCAAUGAGCGUUUCCGUUGCCCUGAGACCCUCUUCCAGCCUUCCUUCAUCGGUAUGGAGUCUGCUGGUAUCCAUGAAACUGCCUAUAACAGCAUCAUGAAGUGCGACAUUGACAUCCGCAAGGACCUGUAUGCCAACAAUGUCCUAUCUGGUGGUACCACCAUGUACCCUGGUAUUGCUGACCGCAUGCAGAAGGAGAUCACUGCUCUGGCCCCCAGCACCAUGAAGAUCAAGAUCAUUGCUCCCCCUGAGCGUAAAUACUCUGUCUGGAUCGGUGGCUCCAUCCUGGCUUCCCUGUCUACCUUCCAGCAGAUGUGGAUCAGCAAACAGGAAUAUGAUGAGGCUGGCCCCUCCAUUGUCCACAGGAAAUGCUUCUAAACGGUUAUCGUAUCAAUCUGUUUGCCCUUCUGUCUGCAUUUGUACUGUUUUGAUUACUGUAUAUACAUGUACUAUUGUAAUAAAGCUAAUAACCUGUAACAGUA